CAGUCCAUCCCAGGUUGCGCUGCACGCCACAGCCUCUCCUCCGCGCCUGGUUAUCAAGCAGGGACAGAUACGACCCCAAAACAAGUGCAUUCAGAGAAUUUCGUGAAAUUCUAUUAUUUAGAUUAGUUAAUUACAGAUCAUCUUCACUGAAAGGGACGGGUCUGGAUUCAGAGAUUAAUUAAGGCCGCUGCGCUAUGUUGACUGAGGUGCUGCUGGCGGCGCUGCUGUUGCUGCUGCUGCUGCUGGUAUUUGUUAACAGAAAGCCACAGGGGCUUCCCCCAGGCCCUUGGGGAUGGCCUGUCCUGGGAAAACUGCCUUCGAGGGACCUGCCUCUCGCCGAGCACGUCAAGGCACUGAGGAGAACCCACGGUGACGUCAUCUCGUGGCGGAUCGGCGGCAGAAUUUACAUAUUCCUGUGCAACUACAACGUGAUUCGCGCGGCCUUCACGAGGCUCGAGUUCUCCAGCCGACCGGAUCUCUUCAGCCAGAAGGCCUUCACUGAUUUCACGAACUCUGGCAUCUCGUUCAGCGAGGGCCUCGGGUGGCAGACGCACCGCCGCUUCGCCCUCCGCCAGCUGAAGGACCUGGGAAUGGGGAAGUCCAGCCUGGAAUCCGCCAUCCUGCAGGAGGCGCAGUGCUUGGUGGAGGACUUCGGCGAGCACCUGGGGUGCCCCGAGCCCCUGCCCUGGUCCAUCCACGUGGCGGUCCUCAACGUCAUCUGGAAACUGACGGCGGACCGGCGCUACGACGUGGCGGACCAAGAGAUCCAGAAUUUCAACAAGCUGAUCAGCCGUUCCCUGGAGCUGUUCUCGGGGGCGGCGGCGCUGUACGACCUGUUCCCGUGGCUGCGGAGCGUCGCGCCGGGCUGGCUGGAGGGCAGGACGGAGGUCGGCGAGUACCUGGGGAUCGUCGGGAACAUCGCGGAGUUCAUGGCUGGAGUGAUCAAGGAGCACCAGGAGAGCCUCGACCCCCUCAACCCAAGGGACUACAUCGACUCGUACUUGCUCGAGAUGGAGGCGCAGCAGAAGGAGGACCCGAGCUGCACCUUGAACUUGCUCGACCUUCGCUGCGGGGUCGCCUCCCUCUUCAUAGCGGGGACCCUCAGCGUCUCCCUCACACUGAAGGCCAUCAUCCUGCACCUCGUCAAGUAUCCCGAGAUCCAGAAGAAGGUGCAGGAGGAGCUGGACGACGCGGUCUGUGCGGACGCUCUGCCGACGACCCAGGAUAAGAUGAGCCUGCCCUACCUGGAGGCGACCAUCCUGGAGUGCCUCCGCGUCACCAGCCUCGCCCCGCUCGGCCUCGCGCACUCGGCCGCCCGCGACACGCCCUUCGAGGGCUUCGUCAUUCCCAAGGACGCCCUCAUAAUGAGCCACAUCGACUGCUGCCACACCGACCCCGCCUACUGGGAACGCCCCCUGGACUUCUACCCGGAGCACUUCUUGGACGACCAGGGCAAAGUCCUCUCGAAAAGGGACGGGUUUUUGCCCUUCUCUGUGGGUCGACGCGUCUGCCUUGGAGAACAGCUCGCCAAUGUUGAACUGUUCAUCUUCACAGCGGCACUCUUGAAGAACUUCUCCUUCUCGGCUCCUGAGGGCGUGGAGGUGUCUCCGAGAAACCUCUUUGGCGAGCAGAAGUUCGUCAUUGAGAGAAGGGCGAACUCAAAGGCUGUUUAAUGGGACGCCCAAGGGUCUAUCAAGGCGUUUGGGGCUCCUUUGAUCUCUCUCUCUCUCUCUCUCUCUCUCUCUCUCUCUCUCUCUCUCUCUCUCUCUCUCUCUCUCUCUCUCUCUCUCUCU